UGGGGAAGGAAAUUUAAAAAAUCUUGAAUUGCACCGGGCGAAGUAGUCAGUAAUCAUUCUGUAUUCAUUUGCUCCGUGUGAGAAUUAGGAGGCGCCCAGUGAAAAGGGCAGGCAGCAGACUGCAGCAGCAGGAGACGUUUUCCUACCUGUCACUAAAAAGCAGCCCUCGCCCCUGCGGUACGUGGCAGAGCGCAGAGAGCUGCUGGGCUGUACGGAGAUCAGGGUGGUCCCCGAUCUCUGAAACACCAGUGUUGGGGGUGAGAGAGCCUGACGGAGGGGUCGUUUUGUCUUUGCUUUCUUCCUCCGCUCGUCCUUCAGCAUCCGUUACGGGUUGCCAUCAGAGAUGAGAUUCAGAGCUGUGGCUGCCUUAAAUGCAAGGGGCCUGCUGGGCGUCUGUCCGGUCUCCGCUUGGACUUUUAUUGCAGUUAAGUUUUGUGAGCUGGGGAUUUUGUUUCUUUGUUUAAAGAAGCAAUUAUUCUUGUGGCCUAGUUAGCAUUUGGUGUUACGUCAAAUCGUGGUAGUACUGGAGUGGAGCUCGGUUGCAGGUUAUGGGAGUAUGCUAGGAAGCGAAUGUUCGAAAGGAUGACGUGAUGCAGUGCUCAUCCGCUCAGGGUAAAAAUUAGGUGGAUGUACUGGACUUGCAGGUCAGCCACUGAAAUCCCUGGGUGUUUUCCUGGGGAUGUUAUCAGGCAUUAGAGGGGGCCGUGUGUGCGCUUCGGUGAAAGCCUCGCUGCCCAGCUCUGCUGGCUGCCGGGGAAGUGGCCUGCAGCACCCUCCUGGUCUUACCUGAGCCUUCCUGGAGCAGACCGCUAAGGAGCAGAGGAGCUCAGGUUCGUCUUUAGUGUUUCUUUUACUUCGGAUCAGUGCAUCCCUGAGAGCACCCGGCACGUUAUAGUCUCUCUUUCGUUAUGAGGCCAGGUCACCGGCUGAUAAUGUCUAAAGAGAAGGUAGCCCUGAGUGGGAGGGUGGGUUUUGUUCUCCAGGCAGUCUAGCCGCAGCAUGCUCCCUGCCUGCUCAGGAAACUGUUUGUUGGAGGGAUAAAUACAGCUGCUCGGGUGGCCCAGAGUGCUCUGUGCGUGCCCAGGCCGCCCCUGGAGCCGCGACGUGUGAAAAGGCUGGAGCCCGGUUCCCGGGAGGGGCUGCCGCAGCCUGGGACAACGGCUCCUCGCUCGCCGCUGGCUCGCGGGCUCCCUCGCAGCCCCUCUCGGUGCCGGCGGCGUUGAGCUCUGCGGAGCCGGGGACGCUUGCUGCAGCUGCGUGCGCUGCAGCUCGGACACCCGCAGCACAGAGCAGAGCUCGCCGCGUGCCUUCUGUUCGCUUCGGCUGGUUUUGCUUUAAAUGUUCAGGUUAACCAGGUCCUGGCGAUGCCAACACCGGUGUCGGUGCCGAGAGCCAAGCCCGUCCGAGAGCCAAGCCCGUCGGAGGCGAAGAGCCCUGGAGAGAGCCCCGCGGCGCAGCAGGUCCUCCCAGGCGCUCCUCCCCGCCCGUAACCCUUUGUGGGUGUUGCAGAUAAACCAUCCUCGCCUUGAACAGGGAGAUUUUGGGUCGGGUUUUCCUGACGUCCACACAGAGGAGCUGCGAGAAGCAGUAAUCUGAAUUUCUGGCUGAGGACAGCUGAGCCCGGGCUGCCUGGGAGAUUAUCUGACUGCUUUGGAUUUAAUCCUCUGGGAAAUCCUGCUUUGGACACAACACCUGGCUUUCAGCAAGGAUCCUGCUCUUACUGAAUUUGCCUGCUGGGUUACCCCGGCACGUGGAGGUCCAAGGGUUUGUCCAGGGUCCCAAGGUAGGGUGACUGGAAUGGGGGCUGCUCCUGCAGAGUCGCGUGCGGCAGAGCAGCGUGGGGAGCUUCGGCCGGCGGACGUAGCUGGACUGCUGAGGUGAACCACGGUCUCCUCCUGGGCACGCGAGCCUCCGUUUUCGAGUACGGCUUUGCCAGCAGAGCUCUGCGUCCUGCACCGAGGGAAGAGCCUGGCCCUGGGGCAGGGAGCAGUUUCCUGCGGCUGAAACCUGCCUGCAGAAGCGUGGGAGAGAUCUGCCGUCCUGCAGCAGCCUGGCUGCGCCCGCGCGGGGGGUUUUCCCUCCGAGGUGGUGAGCGAGCACGUGGCUCGUGGCUCGCGCUGGGGAAAGGCGGCUGAGUCACGCAGGAAGAGAGCGGGCCUUUCCCUUAGCCCGUGACCCGCGUUUCGGUGCGUGCGGGAGGCCUGCGCACUCCUGCCGUUCCGCCCGUGACCUGGGAGGGUGAAUUUAUGAGGCACCGCUAGGGUUAAGGGGGGGUGACGGAGGGGACGCGCGCUGCUUGGUCCAGCGCUGUCAGCGUAUCCCCUCCCUAAGGAGGCUGCCGCGCUCUGCUGCGUUUGUCGCUUCCCUCCUGGCUCCGGGGAGACGUCCGCAGGCUGGAGACAGCAGACGCGCCUGGGAAGGGCGAAGGCGGAGGAGGCGGUUUGACUCACUCACAUAGAAAAAAUCUUCUGUUCUGCAGAAGACACCAGGCAGGAGUAACCACUGGAGCUGCUUUUACAGCCGGGAUUUUUGCUGUAGUUCCUUUCGAGCUUUGGUGGGAUAAGACGGCUUCCAAACUACGUGGCUUAGAAGAAUUAUUGCUUUCUUAGCUCUGUCGAAGCCUCCGAGCUCAUUGCUACAAGGAAGAGAAAGGGCGGCCCUGAGCAAUGUCAAACGACCCGCCGCCGCCCUACCCGGGAGGCCCCUCGGCACCGCUGAUAGAAGAGAAGCACGGCCCGCCCCCCGCGACAGAUGGCGUCGCCCCUGCCGUGGGCCAGCCCCAGGGGGUUCCCGUCCCCCCGCCUGAAUUUGGGCCCCCUCCCUACGAGCCGCCCUCGCAGCCGGGCUUCGUGCCCCCCCACAUGCCCACAGACAGCUCCGGGCCCUACGUGCCGCCUGCCGGUUUUUACCCGCACCCGGGGCCUUACCCGCCCAUGGGCUACCACCCUGCCCCGGGCCACUACCCCGCUCCUGGCGGCCACACAGCGACCGUGCUUGUCCCGUCGGGGACUGCCACCACCACGGUGACCGUGCUGCAGGGAGAGAUCUUCCAGGGCGCCCCGGUGCAGACGGUGUGUCCCCACUGCCAGCAAGCCAUCACCACCAAGGUCACCUACGAGAUCGGGUUCAUGAGCUUCCUUCUCGGCUUCCUCUGCUGCUUCGUCGGGUGUGAUCUCUGCUGCUGCCUGAUUCCUUGCCUGUUUGAUGACUUCAAGGACGUGACACACACGUGUCCCAACUGCAAGGCCUAUAUCUACACGUACAAGCGCAUGUGCUAACAGCACCCCGGGAGCCCGAGCCACUGGAAUGACACCAGCCCCUCUCCUGCCGCCAUCCUCGUCUAUGCGUGUGCAACACUCCUUCGCUUAAACCUCUGGUGGUGUGUAUGUUUGUGCCCCCGCCCCGACCCCCUCGCAGCGCUGUGACCACCUUCCCCGGGCUCCGGGCGUUGCUGUGAACGGGUCGCGUAGGGACGCUGGCACGGGUGCACAGAGGCUGCGGGAGGAGGCCCCAUGUUGAGCGGCCUCCUGCAGCUACGGGCGCAGGAGCAAGGCCACACGCCUUAUGCCCACGCCAGGGCACCCGGCUCGUGUGGAGCGACCUGGCAGCGUGCCGAGGCUGCUGCACACUCCCGCCCCUCACCACGUCUCCCUGGGCGGUGGGUUGGGCCUGCCUGCGAGGAUGAGGAGGCAGCUGCACAGGCAGGGAGCCACCGCGGGCAGGCGGGCGUGCUGUGCCCAGGCACGUGCUCGCUCCUGGUCGCCUGCUGCGCAGCGCGGGGAAAGGGGGAGCACGGGGUGCACUGGGGCACCACCACCACCACCUCAGCUGUGCCCCCUUCGGAAGGGGCCUGGUGGAGGCUCAGUGUGACAGACCUCCUUCGGGAGGCAGAGGGGUUAGUGCCACGCAUGGGUCCCCCGCUGCCGGCUCGGGGCCAGCUCAGCACAGCCCACGCGCAGCGCUGCUUCCCAAACAGGCACCCAGAGCCGCCUCCGCGGCGCAGGGCGGGACCACAGCGCUGCACCCUUGACCAGCACAUCUGUCCUGCCGGAGCAGCCCUCGCGCCUGGCGGCCACUGCUGCUCAAGCUGCAUGCGCCUCCUCCCAGCCCCUGCAGCUGCCGUGGCUGUUUCGGGGAGGGAAACUCCCUCGCUGUCUCUCACCCACCCUACAAACCAUGAGCAAAAACGCAUCCAGUGUUGCUACACGCACCCAGCACCGUAGAGUAGAGGGCUUUGUUACCCAGCCAUGGCUGGCUCAUCCUCUAAAACAGCUCUGGGGUAGCUAGACCCCUGCCCACCCACCCCAGAGCCCUCUCCCUUCCUCUCGCGAGCCCAGCAGGAGCUGGGGGCACCCACCCGACAGCACCCGCCCUGCAGUUACCACCGAUGCACCUGAUGGAGGGUCCUUGUUGCAUGUGGGUCUAGGGGAUUGUUUUUAAUCUCACCUCAUUGAGGCAAAAGGAGCAGGGCAAAGCAAGCAGUGAACCACGCUGCCAGCAGCACUGUGCCAGAUGAAGGCGAGGGGACCCAGGAGCCAUUUUUCAGCAUCUCUCCGGCAGCUCCUCUGCCUUCCUUUCGCACCCUGCUCCUGCAGCCCAGGCAGCUGGAGCAAGCAGGCCCCACAGCAGAGCAGAGGGGCUCUGCAUAAGCAGGUUUGCAAAUGGUCUGGCCUGCACAGGCAGCUGCUGUUUGCUUGGACGUGAAACUGUGGCACUCAUCCCACUGUCUGUAUGUAAAUAAAUAAAUAACAGAUCCUGA